CUCAGCCUACCCUCUCUGUCUCUCUCUCUAGAAAUGCAACGUUUUCUUCAUCUUCAUCUUCAUCUUCUUCAUCAUCUUCUGGUUGGAAGGGGAUUUUGAGUUCCAUCCCAUCAGGUAUAUGUACAGUUGAAUAAAGAGGAGAGAUGACAAUAAGGCGAAGAGGACUCUCUUGUUGCACUAGAGACAGAGAGAUAAGUAUUGACUUUGAUGAACAGAAAAUCACCACAUAUGAUGGACUUGAGAGGUGCAUCAAGCAAUGCCAGACCACCUAUGACGACACCGAAAGCUCCGCCAGCAGAUGUGACAGAAGUGUCACCACAGACUCUUCUCUGUCACUGUUUGACGACGAUGCCACCAGCUGCACUUCCAGCAACACCACUGCUUUCGCGUCGUCCUCUGAUCGGACAGCCAUGGCGACGAAGGGGGAAACUGAAAUGUGGGAUAUUUCAACAAACUCCCCUUAUCAUCAUGGGCAGCAUGUCUGCGUGGAGGAAAAAACGACAGAUUGUUCAGAUGUGGCGGUGGAAAUAAUGAAAGUGAAGUUUGCAAGAUUGUUGUUAGGGGAGGACGUGACCGGGGGUAGAAAUGGAAUUUCACCUGCACUCGCUUUGUCAAAUGCCAUAUCUAAUCUUUCGGCAUCUGUUUUUGGUGAGCUGUGGAAAUUGGAACCGCUUUCGAAGGAGAAGAAGAGGAUAUGGAAACAGGAGAUGGAGUGGUUUUUAUCCCCUACAAACUAUAUGGUUGAGUUGGUACCCUCCACCCAAAAUGGUGACAAUGGCUGCACAUAUGAAAUAAUGGCACCAAAAGCUCGUCCAGAUGUUCAGAUGAAUCUUCCUGCUCUUCAGAAGUUGGACACAAUGUUGAUUGAAACACUGGAUUCAAUGGCGGAGACAGAGUUCUGGUACUCGGAAGAGGGAAGCCGAGCAGAAGGUGGGGAGGAAACAAGCCGGAGCAAAAGGUGGUGGCUUCCUUCGCCGCGGGUGCCAAUGACAGGUCUACGCAAUGGUGAAAGUAAGAAACUGAUGGACAGUGGCAAACUGGUGAACCAGAUCUUCAAGGCUGCUAAAGCCAUCAAUGAAAAUGUCUUGCUUGAAAUGACCGUUCCAUCUGCUAUCCGGGAUGCACUCCCUAAGUCUGCAAAGGCAAACCUGGGAGAGGACCUGUACAAGAUUUUAACCGCAGAAAGUGUCGGCACAUUUGACGACAUGGUCGAAUCACAUUACCUGAAAUCUGAGCACAGUGCGCUGGAGACGGUAAACAGGCUGGAAUCUGCAAUUCUUGUGUGGAAAGAAAAAAGUGAGGUGGAUAAAAUCGACGUUUCUUUGAAUCAUGCGAAAGCUCUUCUGUGGAAGAUCAGAACCAGAUUUCCAAAUCUCCCACAUACAUUCCUUGACACCAUGAAGAUCCAAUACAGCAAGGAUGUUGGGCAUGCAAUACUAGAAGCAUACUCCAGGGUUCUUGGAAACCUGGCGUUUACCAUACUCACCAGAAUCAGGGAGAUCCUGAAACAAGAUAUUCUCAGCAAUCCGAAUUCCCCGGCGAAGGGAUUCCUUCUUGUGGGCCCCACGGCGUCGGCCAGUCGUCACGUGAGGCACUCGCUGAUCGAUCAGAUGAACAAACACGCCCCGUUCUCGUCUGGUCGCACCAAUGCCUCCGAGUUGGAAACCGAGUCGGACUCGGUCAACUCAGUGAGGGGUUUGAUUCCUUCGCCAACGCCGAGUAGAGGGCGCGUUUGGUGUCUCAGCAGAAGCAAGUCGCCGGAAACAUCACCUUAGGAUGUGUUUGGGUUUUCUCUAACUCAGUUUCCCUAGAGAAGACAGUAAAGCUACUAGAAACAGUCCCCUUAGCUCAAGUACCUAUAGGUCAAAGGAGACAAGUCACACUUCAUCUGCUAGUAUUUUAUUUUUCAAGAUUAAGUAACACUUUCUAGGGUAACAAAACAAACAGGGUCUUAGUGUGCUUUGUGAUUGACACUGUAGAUAUAGUUAGCAGUGUAGCACAGUACUAGGGAUAGGGCUGACCUGCAUGAACAAUUUCCUUUGGGAACAAAAUGGCAAUUUAAAGGCUGUAUUUGUGAUUGGAUUUGAUGAAUGCUUUCAAGUUUAUUAGCAAUUUUACCCUCAUUUGCAUUUGAUUAAGUGAAAACUGAAAAGAUAUCUCAUGUAAAACUUCUCUCUUUGUAAAGGAAGUGGAAAUGCAUGAAUAACUUUUGAUCUCGUCU